CCAAACACUAGUCCCUCCUCCUCUCUGCGCCAAGAGCCAUCACUGCGCCGCGCUCACCUGCACAGGUAUACCCCGAAUACGCACCGAGGGACGGGACAGCGCACGAGUCAUGCGGGCCGUGUGCCAAAGCUGCCUCCGAAGACUAUCACGGUACCAUCUCCCCUCCUUCGUCCACUUCCUCCUGCUGUGCCUGGCUCUCCUGCUCUUUGUCUUCUUCAUGUCGAGCGAGUCAGGCAGUGUGUUGUCGUGGGACAAGCUUCCCCUGGAUCAGUACUACCAAAGGCUUCUCACCCAGAACUGGUACACCAGAAGAGGAUUCAGACCCCCUGCUAUUUAUGUCCGUCCUCGACCUGAGGUGCUUGUGGUACAGACUGCUGCUGCUAUCCCCAAUGAGCUGACCACCAAACCCCAUCCCAAACCAGAAACACCCGUUCCAGCAACCCAACCCCAACCCAAAACAGAAGCACCUGCUCCAGCAACUCAACUUGUACCUGAAGCACCCACUCCGGCCACUAAACCCCAACCCAAAACAGAAGCACCUGCUCCAGCAACUCAACUUGUACCUGAAGCACCCACUCCGGCCACUAAAUCCCAACCCAAACCAGAAGCAUCUACUCCAGCUUCGAAACUCCCACUUCCCAACUUUCACCAGGCCUAUGCCCCAAACUAUCACUUCAUCAUGGACAACUCUGAUGCAUGCAAGAACACUCCCUUCCUGGUUCUAAUGGUUCCGGUGGCGUCCAUAAACAUAGAUGCACGUAAUGCCAUCCGUCAGACGUGGGGUAAGGAGUCCCAGGUGCAGGGGGAGCGCGUGCUGACUCUGUUCAUGCUGGGACUGGCUAGGGGUCUUGGGGGCAAUGGGCAGAGCCUCCAGCAGGAGAAUGACCAGCACCAUGAUCUCAUCCAGAGUGACUUUGUCGACUCAUAUUUGAACCUCACCAUCAAGACCAUGGUGAUUAUGCACUGGCUUUCCACAUACUGCAUUAACGCCACCUUUGCCAUGAAGAUCGACUCGGAUAUGUUUUUAAAUAUAGACAAUUUAGUGGACAUGCUGAAAAAGCCUGAAAUCCCUAGAAUGAACUAUUUAACUGGGAUGCUGAUGUGGAACCGUCCGGUGGUCCGAUCCAAAAACUCCAAAUGGUACGUGCCAGAGGAGAUGUACCAUGAGCCUACCUACCCGACCUACUGCCUGGGCAUGGGCUACAUCUUCUCCAAUGACCUCCCAAUGAAAUUUUUGGAGGUCUCCAAAACAAUAAAGCCUUUUAACAUUGAGGAUGCUUACAUUGGGAUGUGCAUGAAAAAGCUGGGCCUCAGUCCAACAGCUCCCCCUCAGCCUUGGCAGUUUCAGGCCUAUAACCACAAAUACGAGCGCUGCCAGUUCUCCAAGGUCAUCACCUACAUCCUGGGCUCCUCAAAGGAGCUGGUCGAGUUCUGGACAGACCUGAAAAAAACGGGUCCACCCUGUCCAGUGAGACCAUGGAUCUGAGCUGUGGCAAUGGAGUGGGAGUGUGAAUGGUUAUGUGCUGGCAACCAGAUGGACCUCAUUCAUGCAAACAUAUUUCCCUGCACUUUU